AUGGCUUCAACGGCCGCCCGCCGGUCGGUGCCGGUCGCUCGAGCGUACUGCCACAACUGGACGUUGCCGCAGCGCCGGUGGCGCGUGUAUGGCCAGCCCAUUUACAACGAUCCAACGGCUCUGCUGCACCCGUACGCGAGACUGCUGGAGCAGCCGCGUGUCGCGUUUGUGCCCACCAAUGAGCGUCCCUCCAGCGACCACCGGUGCAUUGACGCGCCUGAGCUCACGGCUGCAAAGGUGGCGCAUUGUGAGUCGAGCAAAUGGGAUAGCUGGUUUGCAAGCCAGGCGAGCUCGUUCGAUGUCUUCGUCCACUGCAAAUUUUACUGCAGUAAGGUGGGGGAAAGGGAGACGAAGGUUCACAUCGUGGACCGCAUCGACUCAUACGACCGCAUCGACACGGGGCCACCGUACAACAACCACCAGAUUAGCGCCGAGAUCUUCAACUCGGAAACGCACAUGGACAACGCGUGCAGCACCCGUCUCUGCGUCGUCAUCCCUCACCACUUCAACCUCGACUGCGUCCCGCGAAGAAGACCGGCAGCCCACGAGACUGCCGCAGGUGGCACCGGACCGAACGGGACCAUUGUCGUUGGGCUAGUUGGCUCCGUUGACGACGCGAUCGUGCAUAUGCUGCACAACGCGUCGGACGUGCAUCUGUUGCGCGAGCCGUACAACAUGAAAGCGUCGGGCGCCUCGCGCAAGUCAGGCUCGUGCGCCUUUUUUGGGCAGCUCGAUGUGGCCGUGGCGUGGCACGCUUGGUACGCAAACACAAAGGACAUCCUGGAGGGGAAGCCUGCCGAGCGCGUGACCAACCCGAUCAUGCUCAACGUGCCGACCGUCUCAUAUGGUGGCUACGCCUCCUUCCGGGCAGUCAACCACCCGGCACUCACGUGCAUGGACCCCGCCUGUGUGCUCCGGCGCGUGAGGGGGCUCGCUCGGCGGCGCCGCGAGCUCCUGGAGGCCGUCGCCGAGCAGCAGGCGUGCGUCCACCACCAGCUGUCGCCGACAACCAUGCGCCGCUACUACAGCGAACUCUUUGAGAUGGCCUGGCGUACCAAACAGGUCGAGCAGUGGCGGGCGGGAGCGUACCCGACGCUGCAGACGGCCCACGGCUGCUCUGGAUGCAUCGGCGACCACGCGGACUGCACUUCGGCCUGCAAGGCUGAGUUCAGCUGGGCGGCCGGGGGAACCUGCGCUGUCCCUGGCAGCACCGAUGUGAGCAACUGCUGUGCCUGCCACCACUAG